AGCACAUCAAACUUGCCGACCUGGAUGGACCUGGAUCAUCCUUGUGAAGUCGCCAUGGCACCUUCUGAAGACCGACUUGGCUUGAACUCUGUCAUGGUGACUUCGGGAUGCUUGAUGCAUGGAGGCGCCUUCAGCCCACGAGACUUCUGACACCACCCUGGACACGACUCCACCGACGACACAACCCUGUUUCGCCUUUGCCGUGGUUCCGAGAUCACGAUGUGCAUCUCAAUGGGCAAGAAGCUUUUGUUCAGGCCCUCAGCAGCUGUGAAUUGGCCAGGGCCUGGCAGCAUCAACUGUUUCUGGCUGAUGCCAUGCAGAGGGAAGGAUAUGGUCGGUGCUUGCCCGGCUUCCACGCGCUCAUGCACUCCAAACACUGGGAGGAAGCGAUUGGGCUUUUGGAGGUCAUGAAGCUUCAAGGCUUUUCGCCCACUUCGUCCACCUUCUCCUUCGUCGUGAGAUCUUGCGGCCGUGCCGGUCAGUGGAGGUGGCCUUUGAAACUCAUCUCACACGGGACAGAUGUGGACGGCACAGAAGGGACAGACAAAGAGCUCUGCAAUGCAGUAGCAGCAGCUUGCCAACAAGCUGGUGAAUGGCAGUGGUCAGUUUGGGUACUCGAACAGUUUGGGCAAAGCGCUUCAGGCCCUGGUUUGAGUGAUUCGUCCUUUAAGCUGGCGAUCACGGCUUGCAAAGAAGGAAGGCAUUGGCUGAGGGCUUUGCAGAUGCUCGGCUCUGUGGAGCAGACCUUGGCACAGAGCGAAUUCCUAUUGUCUUCCACUCUCAAGGCAUGCGGCGCGCGCUGGCAGAUUUGCCUCGCGCUCGUGGAUUCCUUCGAUGCCUUCGCGCUUCCUGUGGUGAUGACGUCCCUGAUCUCAGCCUGCGAGCGUGCAAGGAAGUGGGAGGCGGCACUGCUAUUCCUCGAGCGCAUGGCUUCGCCGGCUUCAACCGAUCCAGUGGCCUUGAGUUCGGCGAUGAGUGCUUGUGUGCAAGCCACCGAAUGGCAGAGGGCUGGCCUAUGGCUUGCACACAGACCUACAAACGAUCAACAUCUCUGCUUGUCCAGGGCCACUCUGGGUCGCUGGAUGCAGUGGUCUGGAGUGUUCUGGCCAGUGCCUGCGAAAGAGGAGACAGCUGGGAGCUGGCGUUGCAAGUCUUUGGCCUUGCUGCGAUCUUCACCCCCUUGGAGGGCCACGUUGCACCUCUUGAGCUACAUGACCCAAACACUCAUGCCAAGUGCUACUUGCAUCUCAGAGGCAGUGACUACCUACACUCGAUCCAGCCAAGUCUUCCGAGCGCUGUCGCUAAAACCAUUCUUGGCACGGCGAGCUGUACAGCCAGAGGUUUGGGCACCCCUCCAUCCCCUGCACCAAAGCUCACAAGGGACCUACAUCUACGCGGUGGUUUUGGCGGCCCUUUUGCAUGACAUGUCCUGUUGGAACCAGGCUGCGGUCACCAUGUAUCAGCGAUCCUUUCUGAUGCCGCUGCGUGCAGACUUGCUCAGGAGGAUGCCAGGAAAACGAGCAGCUUUGCAGAAGGUUUGCUCCAUGGGAGGUGGUUUCCUCAGAUCAGAGGCUGAGUGCUUUGGCAUGCGAGCGGGAAAAGGGUUGCUGCUGGGACGGGGGAAAUGGAGAAGGCAGUGUCGGGAGCUAUGAAGGGGAAGGAGUCAAACAGAUUGGAACGCAUACACACAAAAAAGAGUAUAUAAGGGCCGCUGCAACAAGGAUCCAUUUCAAGGCGCCCUUACCUUUUGCUUUUGC